GUGGGUUAAUACACUUCAAUAUCGCCCAUCGCCAACAACAAUAUACGGCUAAGACACAAUUGCAAACAAAACACCAUUAUUACAUCAACUGUCAAUGCCACCACUUCCAGCAGGCUAUUUCGAAACUGAAACUACAUUACCCAAAAGGAAGUUAAAGAUGUUGUGCGACUUGACGUCACCACUCUAGUGGUGUCGUGGCGUUUUCAACUUUUCACGCCGGUAGUGCAAAUCUUCGUUGUAAGAGAUCCGCUGUGUACAGCUGAUUGGAAUUUGUACCAAAAUACAGGACAAGAAGAAGCUUAGCUUGUCAAAACACUAGUUAACAGUGAUAGUUGUCUGAAGACUGGUCAUGAGGCGUGCUGGCCUUGGAGAAGGAACAACUACGAAUACACACACAGCGAGUGGUUAUAGUGUGUAUGAAGAAGAGAAUGAAAACUUAACUGAAGACCUUCGUGCAAAAGUCACUGCUUUAAAAUCGCUGAGCAUAGAUAUUGGGAAUGAAGUCAAGCAGCAAAAUACGUUUUUGUCAGGAAUGGAUUCCACUUUUGACUCGACAGGUGGAUUUCUGGGUGCUACAAUGGGCAGACUCAAAAUCCUUUCUCGUGGGAGCCAUUCAAAAGUGAUUUGCCAUAUGCUGCUGUUUGCAUUAUUUGUAUUUUUUGUACUUUAUUGGGUUAUUAAACUGAGAUGAAGAAAAGUUGCCACACCUUAUUGUUCUACUUUAUCUUGGAAAUAUUUACCCAGAAGAACUCCGUCUUCUUAUGUGCAGUCCAAUCCAAGUUCCUGAAGUUUGAGAAAAUAUUGAAAUGCUUGAAGAUAUUACCAUCAUAUGUAGCUCAAUCACAGUGAAGAUCAACACUUCUUCAUAGUGGUGAUAUCCUCUGUUAAUAGUACAAGACUUAACUACCAAGGAAUUUAAUGAGCAGUCUUUGAUUACAGCCCUUGGAUCUUGUUCUACAUAGUGUAAACAUUUUUCUUAUUUGGAUAAAGGUAUAUUAUUUAAAAAUAAGUGUAUAACUUGGAAAAUGCCGUGCAUCUUAUCCCCAUUUUUAUUACUGUAGUCAGUAACUGUAUUAAAAACUGUUAGCUCUCUUAGAAACUGGUCUCCAUACAGUACUAGCUGUGUAGCUUUUUCAAAUAUGGCUAUAUUUUUCAGAAUCACAGACUUUUGUAUUAUUUGAUACUGUUAAGAUUUAAAGUCCUAAGUGUACCAUAGUACAGCACAUUAGACGUCUGACUGUUAACUUGAUAGAAACACUUUUUUUCCUGCAGAAUUGUUUUCUUGUAACAAACCACCACAGAAGCAUUUUGGAAUGCUAGCAGAGAAGCUUUUGCUUGGUCAAUUACAACACAGAAGGUUUUGUCCUUUAAAUACCUAACAAAUCAGUUGACUUGAUUUUUCCAACACUGCAGACUGUGAGUGCAAAAAGCAGCAUGUGAUCCACCUAGUCAAAUUCCUUUUACUAAAUCAAGUAUUACCAUGUCAGAAGCUGUCAGUAUGCAGUAUGUAAGAGCUAGGAGUGUAACACAGUAAUCUCUAAUGAUUCCAUGUUGUUGGCCAGCAAGUACACAGAAGGAAUCUAAAUGGUUCUUGAUUUGCAAGGCAGCUUUACUGUUUAUCUUUAUUUUUUAUAUUUGCAGAAGCAAUGAAAUAGGCUUGAAUUAAAGUCCACUCUCACAUGCAGUUUAACUCGCUCCCAAGAUUUCUAUUCUUCCUACAGCUUCUGUUCCAGUGUGAUUUAGUUAUCAGGAACCAGUCUGUACUUUAUAAAACAUUUGGAAUCAAAGCUUAGCGACUUGCAUGAUUUGUUAGAGAAAUUUAUAUCUGCCUGCAUGGCAUACCAGAGAAAUAGGGAAAUCUGUAAUUUUUCCUGUAUGGUAGGGUCCACACGCUGAUGUCAACAGGGGCUAGGGUCUGAGUCUACAUGUUUCAAUUGUUUCAUUGUUUUGUUAAGUUGGUCAGUCAUUUGAUCCUGUUUCGUACCUUCAGGAAGCUUUUAACCUGAAGGUUCAGGUUUCAUUAGGGUGGGUUUCCUCUGGGUGCUCCAGUUUCCUCCUAGAUUCCAAAGACAUGCUGUACGUGGAUUGGACACUCUAAAUUGGUCAUAGGUGAGAGAGUGCAUGUGACUGAGUGUACGAAUGAGCUACUACAGCAGGGCUAACCACUCAGCGCUUAAAACCUUGGCUCAAGAUGAUUGUCCCUGCUGAAGUGACAUCUCAACCCCAUGUGCAAAAUGUGAAAAGGGGUUGAGGAUGGAUGUUUGGAUCGAUGGAUGAUAGAGGGCUACGUGCUCUUCAAGAAGCUAACAGCAUCCUGUCUUCAUGCUUGUUUUAUGUAUAGCCUCUUGCUGGCAGAGAAGUUGUAUCAUUUCAUUGUGACAUGUAGUGAAGUAAUGGUUAUGUAAUGUACUAUUUACCUAAGUGGUUUAUGCUUUCACUUUGCAAGCCAAUGCAUUUAUGCUUUUUUUCCAUAGUGUAUAGCUGUUUUGAUUUGGAUGGUGUGGAACAAUAUGAUUUGAUAUGAUAUGAUCUGCAGAAGUACCUUUCAUGUUGUAACUGCUAAUCAAUGUACUAUUGCCAUAUGUGUUACUUUCAGUGUGUUAGUGUGGUCAUAUUAGAAAGGGGCAUAACAAGUGUUGUAAGAUGUCCUUAGAAUGGGCAGUACAGAAAUCAUUACUGCUGAUUGAAGAAAAAUAACCAGAAUAUGAAAAAGAUGCACAGUAAGACAAAUUGAAGAAGAUAAUGUUGGCUAGAACACUGCUGCAUUGUAAUGGAAAUAAACAUGGAAGUUUUAAAGUGAA